UCAGUCUGUGUGUUUAUGCAUGGGUGUUUGACUGUCUGUUAGUUGAUCUGUCAGACCAUUCCUCCUCCCCCCACAAUGUUGAGAAAGAUCAAUCAAUUCCAGUUGCACUUGUCAAAGAGGUUGGGAGGGGAGGGAGCGGAAAGAUCAGUGGGAUUUUCUUUUCUUGAUUAGCUGAGCAAUAAAGGGGUGCUUUGCGCUUUCUCUCCCAGAGAGAUUGCUCAUCUGAAGGAAGGUGCAGAUUUCUCCAUCUGAAGGACAAACUGGAAAAAUUAUGGUUAAUACAAAUACUGCAUUGCAGCUGUGGAGCUGGCAAUACUAAGAAGUUACUCACAGAGCACUUCAUUGCUUCAUCGGAAGACUUCUGCACCAGAGUAAGUUGUGCUUAUUUUAAGAGUUCAUGGGAACUGCAGCCUGCGUCCUAGUGAUACAUGCCAGGAGCUUCUUGUACCAGGAUUUGGUGUCAAAAAGCCUUCGAAGCCAGGAAACAGGAUGAGACAGGACAGGACGAGAGCAGGUGCCACACACAAAGUUAUAUUGCAGUGUUCCUAUCAGUGCUCCUACUGCUACUAUCAACAGAGCCUGUCCCGUCUCCCACUUUCAACCCAAGCCCUAUGCAGAGACGUCUGCAGCAAGUCCCCUUCACCACCCAAGCUUCACAGCUCCUGCCAAGAAUAUAUCCAUGCCCACAGGGCCCAACAGCUGUAUCCAACACCCUGGGGACAUGCAGGGCCAUAGGCCAUUUCUCUGGAGCUGGCAAAUAUGAUCUAAACAGGUGCUGGCAAAAGUGCUAAGAGAAGCUCAAGGCCUCCGGACCUUGAGACCCAUUUCUUGGCCCUUCUUCCACUCAUGGGCCAUUACAGCUCCACCCUGCUGGGAACUUCCAAGGUGCAACUGGUACACUGUGAUGACCAGGGCAGGAGAACAUACAGCUCAUUUUCACCCUUGCUCCUCUUCGACAGGGGCUGGCUGGUCAGAUUACCCAUGUUUCCCUCACAGAGGGUGGCCGUAACUUGCUGCCCUUCAGAUAGCUAUCAAGAACAUUCAUACGAUGCCUCUGAGACCCCUGGACCAUGCCAAGUGUGGUGAGGAGAGAGGCGUUGUGCUCCAGGCCUCUGCCUUUCUAAGUGAGUGCUUGCUGCCGGGUUGGAACCUGAACUGCAAGGCUCUGCCAGGAAUGGCCUUGGCCAGCAUUGCACCCUCCUUCAGAAUGGCUCCACACAUGGUUUCAAAUCACUGUUUUCCUUCAACACCCUCUCUUUUUGAGGUCUGAUAUCUUCUGAAAUCUACUUGCUGGGUUGGACUGCCUCUGACUAAAAGCUCGUCCUCCUCCCACACCUUUUUUCCACUACAUGAAACCAAGAUCCCUUAGCUGUUACAGGAGCCCCCAUCCUCCUGCUCUUACAGUCCUCAAAAAGGAACAGCCUGGGGCCUGAGAUUAGCCCCUUGCAGCUUUUGGUCAACACGACCUGCUACCGGACCUGAUCUUUGGCCUCGAGCUGCUUGCUGUAGGAAAGAAAGUGCGUCCCCAGUACAGAUGAAUCCCUCCUUGCUGCUCCUGUGCCACCUCUGGCUGCUCAGCCUCACGCCUCUCUUGCUGGCAUCAGUCUCUAUGCAAGGCACCUCCAGUCUCGCUUGUUGGUAUGACUCACGGGCAGCAAUCUUUUGCGACUGGACCCCAGGAAGGGACCUUGCCGAUGCACCAUGCCAGCUGGAGAUUUCAUCAAAGCUACCAUUUUUUGCCAGGUCAAUUUUCUUACCCGAAAAAUUCAAGGAACAUUGUGAAUUACCUAAGGCAGAACACACAACAGAACUGAGGAGAUGCAUCAAGACCUUCAGCAAAAACAGUAACUCUCAAUUCUUCACUACUGCAGACCGUCUUAACAUGUCUGUACAUUGCCGGAUUGGAGAGAAUGGGUCUACACCUGCACGACUGGAAGACUUCAGUCCACUUGCAAACAUAAAACUGAGACCUCCAGGAAAUCUUCAACUGGUUAGCAAAGCUAAACACAGCUACAACUUAUCAUGGAGCCUGAAUAUUUCCUCUCACUACUUGGAUGGGGAGCGGCAAUACCAAGUGCGGUACCGAACCACAAGUCAGUCCUGGGAGAAAGCCAAGACCUUCUGCAUUAAGCAGGACCAGAUGUGGGUGGUAUUUGAGGGACUGUCUCCCAACCUGAAAUAUGAGGCAGCUGUCCGUGCAAAGCCAAGUAACUCAAGUACCUACAAAGGCGUUUGGAGCGACUGGAGCAAGACAAUACUGUGGAAGACAGACGCUGAGGAAACAUCCCGGCCAGUUGUGCCAGCUCUUAUAGUGAGCACAUGCAUCUUCGUGAUCAUUGGGACUGCCUUCCUUAUUAACUUACGGGCCCUGAAAUGGUUUAAGAAGAUUCUGAAGAUUCACAUCCCAGACCCCGAGAAAUUCUUUCCCCCGCUCGUCUCUGUUCACGGAGGUGACAUUCAGAAAUGGCUCUCCUCCCCAUUCUCCUCAUCUUCAUACUGCGUGAACAGCAUAACCCCAGAAAUUUCUGUGCUGGAGGUGAUGCAGAAGAAUGACCAGGAAUCCCAGCUUCUGCUUUCCAAGGGACCCCUGACUCCUGAUCCUCCCUCAGAAACCAGUGGGCACUCUAUGUCCAGCUGCUUCACCAACCAAGGCUACUUCUUCUUCCACCUUCCCAACUCCUUUGAGAUUGAGCCCUGUCAGGUCUACUUCACGUACGAGCCUUUCACCCAGGAGAGCAGUGGCAGCGAGGACAGCGAGUCUUACCAUGCUCUCCCGUCCCCAGACCUCUGCACGCUGGCAGAGGACAUGCCCAUGUUGUCCCACAACUUCCUUCACUGUUUCAAGGGGAUCCAGGGCUUCCAAAAUGGUUCCUUUGUGACAGAGACACAAGGUGAAGCCCAGAGGCCUGUGGCUAUUUCAGGGGCCUUCCCAUCAAGUGAAAGCACCCCGCCGACACCAGUUCUGAGGCAGGAUGAGAAGGCAAUUGACAAAGUUGCUUUACAACCUGCUGAGGCCCUGUGCCAACUGGACAAAGACUUUCCUGACCCAACAGGCCAGCACGACAGCAAUACUGCCAGAGUAAUGGAGGGGAGUGGGAAGGCAGGCCUUCCGACUGAUCCCACCGCUCCAGCAGCACACAUUACCCCUUCCCUUUCUCAACCUACAUCUCUAAGGCAAGCACAGGAUGAGAAUCCAUGCAGAACUGCCUUCCCCAGCCAGAUCCCAAACACCGGUGCCUAUCUUUCUCUGAGGGACCUCCAAAGCCAAUACAACCAUUGCUCUGUCUAGGAUCUGCCUGGGAGAAAUCUACAGGUGGGAAAGGCCUUCUCGGCAAGGAAGGCUAAAUGGACAUUUUUUCUAUUCAGAGCAUGAAUGUAGCUUUCAGUAUCAAACCCAUUAGGACCGUUCUUUAAUGAGGCUGAAGAACAAAGUUACUCAAGAGGGAUGCAAAACCAGAAAAGGAAUAGGCCGGACAAGGCGUAAAUUCAUGGAUGACUACCUGGGUAUUACUAGUCCCAAGGAUAAAACAUCGGUGAAAGAGACCACUGCAAAUGGGAGGACAUUUUGCAUGGAAAACUAGGCUAGUGAUUAGUAAAGCAAUGCAUGGAGAAUAAUAAAGGCACAUUAAAGCUGUUAAGUGGCUACCACCUAACAGAGACAAAGAAAUGGGAUUCUUAGGCAUACAGAACAACAAGGACUCACCUUCAUCACUGAAUCUGUUUCUCUGCUAUUACUGGAUCUGGAUCUGGUAGCAUAGAAGCUCUUUUCCACACUGCUUAGGUGCCAUCCCAAAUACCACCUUUUUUUUUUUUUUUUUUUUUUUUUUUUUUUCCCUCCCCAGCUCCCUGUAAGAGGCUGUGCUGGCACUUCCAUGCUCUGCAUCUUGGUGUGAUAACAACACCCAGCUUUGUGGCUGAGCAGCCACGUAUUCUAUUUGCCUUGUUCCAGCCUACAAAUGUCUCAUGGGAGGAAGCAAUGCCCAAAGAGAUGGAUAUGGGAUUUCGUUCAGGACAGUGAGUGCUGGGGCUGAUGACAAAAUGAAGCCAUCUCCUCCUGCCUGACCAAGGAUGUCUUUUUUUUUUUUUUUUUUUUUUUUUUUUCUGUAUGUCCCCAUUUUGGCUUUUAAUCAGAGUACAUUCUGAACAGCUUGGACCAGCUUUAGACUCAAAUCUCUAAGGUUAGCUCAGAGCCAGAACUGUGUCAGCUGUCUAAGCAGUGCAGUGUAAAAAGAAAUCCCCAUUAUUGGGUUAAAAAUACUGGGGAAAUCCCCUUCCCCCUCUCCCCUCCCUCCCCACUUUUCCCCCUAGGUCUGAUGAUGGUAGUAAAAAGAACGCACACAAUUUCCCAUUCUUGCUGCAAUAUUUUUCAUGAAAUCGAAAGCCUCUCUGCCCUGCUGGCAAAAUACAGUUAUUUGACUGUGAUAAGCUGAUUGCAGAAUAGUUCAUCCCACAUCCUGUAUUAGUGGAAAACAUCGCAAUGGUGCUGCCCAUUCCUUCCAUUGCUCAAGGGAAACCAUUGCCUAUUUAGCGACAAAGAUGUGGUAAAUGAGCCCAGAAAAGUAACUCACAAAUCAGCACCUUUGCUGAAAAGAAAACCUCAAUCCACUCACGAAAAAAUGAGGAUUGCAAAGACUACUUUUUUUUUUUUCUUUUCUUUUUUCUUCUGCAUUUGCUGAUCUGGGUUCAGAAACAGCAAAACACCACAGAAGAAAAGUAGUAAGACAAAGCAAGGCGUGCUGUUCUGCUUCCAUCCACUCCUGCAUUCAACAUCUGUACUGUCCGUCUGUUCUCUCGCUAUAUUUCUGGACUAUUCAGAAGUGGGAAAAUACCAACUCUGUGCUAAAGAUCUUUCUUCUAAGGGUUUUUACAUCAAAAAAAAAAAAAUCAAGGAUAUCAAACUUGUUGGUACUUUUGGCAUUUCUUUGAGUAUCACCCGGAGCUAAUUCUUCCCUACCUCUGCCUGUAGAAAUGUGGAUCUUCUGCUUUGUCCCAGUCCCACACUGUUAGCUGACCUUGCAUUGUGCAGCUUGAAUGUCAUUAGAAAUCUCAGCUCUGGGGGCACCCACUGCCUUGGAUUUCACCUCAAAAGAGUUGCUCAAAGGACUUGAGCUUGCCUGCAGCUGAGAGGGCUGGGGCAGCUGUAACCCUCUUCUCAUCAGCUUUUUCGCCUGCCUCAAGACGUGAACUGCUCCGUUGACUUCAGAAGACAGCAGGCAAAGAAAGCCUCACAGCAUCCCAGAUAGGCAAGCAGGAGGCUUGCCCAGCUAUUUGCUGUGCUUUGAGACUCUUUGCAGAUGAACUUCAAAAAGAGACAAUGAAUCCCUUGCCCUGAUGGGCAAAUUGCUAUUUUACAUAGGCCAUGGAUCCUAGUUGCACUGAUGGCUCUCCUGUCCCUAUGUAGAUUUCCAUAAGCUUCUCAAUUAUUCUUGCUGCUAAGAUGAAUAUGAAUAAAAAUAAAAACACCCCUUUUUCCUCUUGGAAAAUAAAAGAAAUACUACGGAAUCAG